GAAUGAGGUAACUCCACCGGUGCUUCUACCCUUCUCCUCCAAGUCCCUCUCCUUUUCUCCAAACUUUCCUUAACACUCCACUAGGCUAGAUAAGGUGGAGAAUUUUGCAAUCAGGAUUGAGUUUAGAAAUGAGUGUGUGUGCAGGAUCAGCCCACUGCCAUGGACAAAGCUAUGGAGGCCUGCCAUCUGCUUAGGAGUCAUCCUUCUACUACAUAUUUGGUGUGUUAUUGAGGGAGAUCGUUGGACUUUUGCUUGGACAUGAGUUUGCAUCCAUGAGUUUCAUUGCCUUUUUAUAGCUGUUGCUGUCUUGGGUUUUGUUUUGCAUACUUCUUUUCUUUUGGUGGGAUAUUAUCAAAAAAUUUGCUUGCUUAAUCAAUUGAUUUUCUUAAUUUGCAUGUUUUGAUUGAUAAUGUGGCAAUUAAGGCUUUAAAUUUUAUACACUUCUCAGUGAAAAUAAUUGAAGUAGAUAGUUUGCUUGAAUUGAUCCUCUCAUGAGUUUUCCCCUUUGUUUACUCUAAAUCCAGGAAGGGGGCUUAUGAAUCCUUAGUGCCCUUUGGACUCUGGUUAUUUGGUAGACCAGAACUGAGCAAUAGCUUGAUGAUUUGUUAUACAUUUAUGAAAUAUUCUCUUAAAGAAUAUAAGCAUGUUAUACUUUAGUCUGUAUCAGGUGGAAGCAGGAGGCUAUUGAAGUUCUUGAUAAAUUACAUGGUAAAAUAUAUGAGACAUGGAGUUUCCACUCUGCAUAUGAGCUGAGAGCAUUAUUAAAGGCAUAAUGAUAAAACCUUCUCCAUGUGCAUGAUCUGAACUUUUUGUCAUUUUGUCCUAGUAUAUAUUCGAGUUGCAUUUCAGCACUAACUGCAUGGGUCUUCUAGUUAUAAAAUGCUACACACAUUUUUUUUCUCUUGCAGAAAUGGGGGUGAUUCCUGUUCUUCUUGAACAGCCAGUUCAUAGAGAUGAUUGGGAAGGUCUUGAUCAUGUUAAUCAUUUUGGAAAAGCCAAGUAUGGGGUUUCUGUUGCUGCAGACGAGAGCUGUCAGAGUUUAGCUGAUGUCAAGAAAAUAGUGGAAGGAGAACUGGCAGAUGUUAUUAACGUUAAGCUUGCCAAAGUUGGGGUCCUUUGUUCUCUUGAAAUCAUUAAGGUGGCUAGGACUUUGAGGCUGAAUCUGAUAUUGGUGGUAUGGCUGAAACUUGCAAUAGGCUUUGCUCUCCUGGGGGCCUUUAAGAAAUUCAUUGAUCUAGAUACUCCCCUUCUCCUAUCUGAAUUCUGAAGAUCCAGUUGGUUCUUGAGGGUUAUGAAGUUCCUGGAGCUGUUUACAAGUUCAACAAUGCUAGAGGGCAUGAAGGUUUCUUUCAUUGGGAUAAUGUUUCAUGGUAAGCCCCUUGUAUAUGGUGCUGUUUCUUCUCAAAUCUACUUGAAAAUCUAUUAUUCUUUAAAAUUGCUGUUACUUUUGUUCUAGUAUGUUGCAAACCUACACUCUUUUAACUUUUUGCUUCAAGAAUAAAACAACUAGCUGUCAUAGCCUUUAGGUUGAACAAUAACAAGAAAAUAAAAAAAAAAAAUCAAAUAUGACCAUCAUUUCUGCAAGUGGUGAGACUGCCUGUACUAGGGAGGGAAUGAAUGUCAUGGUUCAAAAAUUCCAAGAGCUUUUGAUGAUAUCUAGACAUUAUCUUGGUCUCAAUAUGCUCACAUUACAAUAUUGCUGCGGUGUUUUUGAAGGGGUUGUUAACUUGUGCUCUCAUUAUUUUCGUGAAAGCAUGUCAGAUCUAUGUCAGCAGAGUUUUAAAAAUGUGAUGAAGCUUAAACAAUAUAUCUCUUUAAGAAGCAGAGUGCAGAACUCGUUACAGGUAUAAACAGUUCUGGUUGGAUUAACUAUUUACUUUACACUGCUGAUAAAAAAAAAGAAAAAAAAAAAAGAAAGAAGGAAAACUACUUACUUUACACAUUGGCAAUGAUUACAUCUUCAAUUUUCAAAUGAUUUGCUGCAUCAUUUGCUAUCAAAUGGCCAUAGGUAUUGGCUUAUGAACCUUCAUUUCCUUGCUCCUGAAAUCCUACAUCAUAAGUCUAGUCCAACUAAUUAUUUCAAAAAACUUGGUAUAUUUUUCAAUGGAUUAACCGUCAUUCUUGCUUCAUUUAAAUGAUCUGUACCUGAUUUUGUAAACUAUUCUUGAACAACUUGGGACUGGACUUUUCCUUUCUCACCAUUACAUAUGCAAAAAGGGAAAUUAAAAAAUUAAUAAAAAUAUUAACUCAUA